AUGGAACACACCUGUUCCACCAUUCAUUUUAGCACCAAUCUUCUCUGUGUGUUUUCUCAUUUACUAGUGCGAGUCUUAAUACAAAAACCAUCAAUAGAAAAAUGCUGUGUGUUUAUUCAAGAGAACCUGAACAAAACAAGAGAUUGUCCAGCUAAGUUAGAGUGCCCCAAAGACUGGCUUUCACAUGGACAUAAAUGCUUUCAUGCUUCUCACGCUUCCGACACUUGGAAGCAAGGUCAAACUGACUGUGAUGGAAAAGGAGCCACUUUGCUGUUCAUUCAAAACCAAGAAGAACUGAGAUUCCUGUGGGACUUGACAAAGGAAAAAUAUGAUUCAUUUUGGAUUGGACUAAGUUACACAGACAAGAACUGGAUGUGGAUAAACGGCUCGACUUUAAAUUCCCUUGUGUUAGAAAUCACUGGUGUCGCUGACAAGGACAGCUGUGCUGUCGUAUCAGAGGGCAAAGUGAUUUCUGAGAGCUGUGAUUCAGACCACCACUGGAUCUGCCAAAAGGAACUAAAACGUGAAACCACGAGUAAUGACUCCUGACUGCGAAUCCCAUCUUGAUUACUUUACCAUCCACACCAGAUCCCUGCACCUAACCUUGUCUCUGC